AUGACCGUGUUGUUUCAAGCCGCCUUUAAUGAUGCACUUAGAGCAGAAAUUUUGAAAAGCAAAAUGAGUGGAAAAUGUACAGAUAUACCUGCUCAACAUGCUGGCAAUAAUAUUGAUACACCAGCUCGUUUUAUUGUUUGA